CUGGCUGUCCUAAAACUCACUCUAUAGAUCAGGCUGGGCUUGAACUCAGAGAUCUGCUUGCCUCUGGUUCCUGAGUGCUGGGAUUAAAGGCCUGUGCCACCACUGUCUGGCUAAUAAAGGUUUUUUUUUGUUUUGUUUUGUUUGUUUUUUGUUUUUUUAUCUUAAAAAUUAGUCAACACCUGCUCUCUUUUUCUAUCUGGGCCUGAUUUAAGAGCAGACAUAGAUUUGUAAUAAGUGCAUCCAGUUAUCACUUGGUGCCUUGAAAGCUUAGCAAGUCAUUGCAUUAGUCCCCAAGGCUGCCACAACAAAUACCAUAAUAAUACCAUACACUUGGCAGAAUCCAAGAUCAGGAGUGCAAGUCUGCACAUCUAUGUGUGGUGGUGUCCAUCCCAGUCCAUCCUAGUAUGGACUCGGGUUGAGGACCCUGGAAGCUGGCUGGUUAGCCAGUCUAGCCAGAUUGGCGAGUUCCAGGGUCUCUACAAAUGCAGUGAAGUGCAACUGAAGUAAAGAAGACACUUGUUGUAAACCUCUGGCUUCCGCACAUACAUGCACACUCACAUGCACAUGUGUACUCACAAACUGGCAUAUACAUCACACACAGACCCCUAACUGUCAAACACUUGCCAUCCAUAAUGCUUCACAGGCUCUAGAGAAAUCUUUAUCUUGACCUGACUUACGAUACUCUACUUUUGGACUGAAUAUGUGUUGAAGACUACUACAAUCAAUACUAAUUGUGUCAGGAUUAAAUAAGAUUUUGCAUUGAAUCUGGGUGGAAGAAUAAAGUCCAAAGACUUUGAAUUUAAAUAAUCCUAUAUGUGAAUCUCAUUUUGUCCAAUGCUGUAUGGCCUUAAGCAAAUUGUUUUUGUGUGUCUGAUCCUGAUAACUCAAUUGUUUGGGGGUUUUUGAGACAGGGUCUCACUGUAUAGCCAUGGCUGUCAUAGACCUCACUAUGUAGACCAGUCUGGCCUCGAAGUUACAGAGAUACACUAAACCACACAGGCUUUUUAGGUGUGCUAGCAGAGGAACCUCCUGUUGCACUGGUGCAUUCUUGUGUGUUCUCUCUGCCUCCUGCUGCUUCUUUACAUUCAAGCACAUUUGUACAAGUACCUGUAGGUAUAAAUUUUCCUCAACUUACUCUAAGAAGGGUUUAACCCCCUUCACUCUCACCACCCACCAGAGACAUUGGAAAGAAAGGGUAUUAAGAUACAGAGGAAGUGGACCUGUUUAGAAAUAGUUAUUCGGGGCGAUUCCAAUCUUUGUUGUUCUCAGUCCAUUCAGUAGACACCACACACGAGUCAGCAAGGGCAGUUCAAGCCAGAAGAAACCACAAGACUCACCAAUUGCCCAAGCCCACAGAAGGGGCAAGAAGCCACAGGAACCUCACCAGAAGUUCUUCAGAUGCAUGUCAUGUUUACAGCGAAGGUACUCCCUCCAGCCGGUGCCAGUAAAGGAAAUUCCAAACCGGUACUUAGGCCAGCCCAGCCCGGUUACACAUCCACACCUCCUCAGACCAGGGGAGGUGACACCAGGGCUAUCUCAGGUGGAAUAUGCACUUCGAAGACAUAAACUUAUGGCUCUGGUCCACAAAGAAGCACAAGGGCACAGUGGGACAGACCACACAGUGGUGGUGCUCUCUAACCCUAUACACUAUAUGAGCAACGACAUCCCCUACACCUUCCACCAAGACAACAGCUUCCUGUAUCUUUGUGGAUUCCAAGAGCCUGAUAGCAUUCUGGUCCUUCAGAGCUGCUCUGGGAAGCAGUUACCAUCCCAUAAGGCCAUGCUUUUUGUGCCUCGGAGAGAUCCUGGUCGAGAAUUGUGGGAUGGCCCCCGAUCUGGCACGGAUGGAGCAAUAGCCCUAACUGGAGUGGAUGACGCCUACCCGCUGGAAGAAUUUCAGCACCUGCUACCCAAACUGAGAGCUGAGACGAACAUGGUUUGGUAUGACUGGAUGAAGCCUUCUCAUGCACAACUUCACUCUGACUACAUGCAGCCUCUAACUGAAGCCAAAGCCACGAGCAAGAACAAGGUUCGGAGUGUCCAGCACCUGAUACAGCACCUGCGGCUAAUUAAGUCUCCUGCAGAAAUUAAGAGAAUGCAGAUUGCUGGGAAGCUGACAUCAGAGGCUUUCAUAGAGACCAUGUUUGCCAGUAAAGCUCCAGUAGACGAAGCCUUUCUUUAUGCGAAGUUUGAAUUUGAGUGCCGUGCCCGAGGUGCCGACAUCUUAGCCUACCCCCCUGUGGUUGCAGGCGGUAAUCGCUCCAACACUCUGCACUAUGUGAAAAAUAACCAGCUCAUCAAGGAUGGUGAAAUGGUGCUUCUUGAUGGAGGUUGUGAGUCUUCCUGCUAUGUGAGUGACAUUACCAGGACGUGGCCCGUCAAUGGCAGAUUCACCGCACCUCAGGCAGAGCUCUAUGAAGCUGUUCUAGAAAUCCAAAAAGCUUGCUUGACACUGUGCUCCCCUGGGACAAGCUUGGAGAACAUCUACAGCAUGAUGCUGACACUGAUGGGACAGAAGCUUAAGGAUCUGGGGAUCAUAAAGACCAGCAAGGAAAGCGCCUUCAAGGCUGCUCGAAAAUACUGUCCUCAUCACGUGGGCCAUUACCUCGGGAUGGAUGUCCAUGACACUCCAGACAUGCCUCGUUCACUCCCUCUGCAGCCUGGUAUGGUGAUCACGGUUGAACCAGGCAUUUAUAUCCCAGAGGGUGACACAGAUGCCCCAGAGAAGUUUCGAGGUCUCGGAGUUCGGAUUGAGGAUGAUGUAGUGGUGACUCAGGACUCACCUCUUAUCCUUUCUGCAGACUGUCCCAAGGAGGUGAAUGACAUUGAGCAGAUCUGCAGCAGGACCUCCUGACCACAGCUGUAGCACACGUGCUCCCAGGUUCAAGACUGGCGUCCUUGCCUACUCGAGUCAUUAGUGUCUCUGUGGGGAUUAGCUACAGCUUCCAUGGGAACUGCACAGCCAAUGAGUGAGGACAUUUUCAUAUUAAGUAGAUUUAAAUCUGGAAACGUGGACUCUGGAAUAAUCUGUUACUAGGACUGUAGUGACGUUAAUUCUGAGAAGUUAAUGAUCCAGAAAGUUUAACAUGUGACUGUAAAGUAAGGGUGCAGUUAUGUGCACCCCUGCAUUCUGGUUAACACAUUUCAACAGAAAACUCUCUUCGUCCCUUUCUGCACUUCUGAGAUCCACUUAACUUCCUAACAUGCUUGUGUGAAGCCGCAUGUUUAACUUCUCACCAAAGUUUGAGCCUAUGCUAAAGGCUACCAGUUAAUGUUUGCGGUGGUCUUACUUACUUGCCAUGGCCUCCGCCUCCUGGUCCAAGUUCUCCACACCCACUGGGAUCUCUUGGGCCUCAGGGAGCACAGGCGUCUCAGCCAGAAUACAGCAGCACAGCAGCACAGCAGCACAGCCCACCAACAAGAGUCUUGGAUCUUUCUUGCCGUUUGAUUGCCCAGGACCUGGAAAGUGUCUAGGCUCUUCUAGGGAAGAAAAUGAAAGAGAAAGAAAAGUGUCUACGUGUCUCCACAUGUCCAGACCUUGAGCUCUGUUUUCUUCAGUUUAAAGGAGAUUUUUUUUUUAAAUGUCCACCUUCCUCUCUUUCAUAGAUUCUUUUCUUAGGAAACAUUGUCACUACGUGCCUCAAGUCCUUCAUAAGUUGCUGUGCUUUGAGAGACAGGAUCUUAGGUAGCCCAGGCUGGCCUCAAACUCAUUAUACAAAUAUUGCUGGGGGGUUGGGGAUUUAGCUCAGUGGUAGAAAAAAAAAGAAAAAAUAUUGCUGGCCUCAAAGUAUUGAUCUUCCUGUACCAUGGCCAGUUUACUCUGUGCGUGUGCGUUUCUUUUUUUUUUUUUUUUUUUUUUUUUUUUUUUUUUUUUUUUUUUUUUUUUUUUGGUUCUUUUUUUCGGAGCUGGGGACCGAACCCAGGGCCUUGUGCUUCCUAGGUAAGCGCUCUACCACUGAGCUAAAUCCCCAGCCCCACGUGUGUGUUUCUUAACAAGGUUUCUCUCUGUAGCUCUGGCUAUCCUGGAACACGAUUUAUUGACCAGGUUGGCCUCAAACUCUCAGAGAUCUGUCUCCUUCUGCCUCUCUAAAUGUUGGGAUUAAAAACAUUAUCUUCCACCACUCAGUUCUUUAUAGGUCCUUAAUCCACAUAGCUACUUGCAACCAUGUAUUGUCAAAAUCAGUGUGAUGCCUCUAUUUCCCCUUCUUUUCUUCUCUGCCACCUCCUAUGGUGUCUCCCCUGGCAUGUGGAGAACUCAGUGUGGGCGUGGGGGCUAGUGCCUGUAGCUCAGCAUGCUGAGUGCAGAGUCAGGAAUCUUGUCAUCAGGUCAAAGCCCAGACCAGCCUGGUCUACAUAGCAAGCCAUAAGCUAUCCAUGGCUAUAUGGUGAGGCCCUACGUAAAAAUUAAGACAAAACAAAAAGUACUACAAGCUUGUGUCAGACACCUGUACUACCAAUAAAAUUAAAUAUGUGGAGUGCACUCAGCAGUUGUGAGUACCCUAUGGCCCACCUAUGGAGUGCACUCUGUAAUUGUGAGUACCUUAUGGCCCACCUCUGCUCUAAUGCUAGGGAUGGCAAGGCAAGGCAGAGUCAUGUUCCUUCCCUAAACACAGCAUCAGCUUCAGUUGUACAGCCCAGAUUGCAAGGUGAGCAAGUCAGGGUGAGAUUAACACAGAUGGUUGAUUCAAAAGCUUGCAUGAGCCGGGCCCAGUCCUUUAGCACUUGAAGCAGGCAGAUCUCUGAGUUCAAAGCCAGCCUGAUCUUCAGAUCGAGUUCCAGAACAGUCAGGACUACACAGAGAAAUCUUGUCUCAAAAAUAAAAUAAGCUUAUAUGAUAGAGAGAAGCCCUAAGAGCUAGUGUGUUAACUUCUUUUAAAUCUGAGUAUGUGUAGACCCAUGAUAAACAAAACAUGCCAACUAUUACAACAUGAAUUCAAGGGUUUCGUGGGAUCUGCCCCCACCUCCCAUGUUUCUGUUACGGAAGUGCAAGCUAGAAGAUUAGCAAGCAGUCCCUGCAGUGCGGGUGGCUGGCACAUCUUAGAAUUCACAGUACACCUAGAAACCAGCAGGGAACAAUGGUAGUGUGAGAGGUAAGCACUGGGACACAAAUGGCCCUCUGCUUAUCCACAGGGCCAGCCUUAUCCAUCUCUCUUGAGGGCUGCUGCAGUGGAGGCUGCCCACCCAGAGUCUGUCCUUUCUGCCUGCCAUCCAUCUGGGUCUCAGACCUAACCUACUUUCUAAAGCAGGAAGAAUAAAUCCAUUAUCAGGCUUCUCACCCACCUGACUUCUGUGUACAAACAGCCUUCCCUUGGAGUGACUUUCCUUUCUUUCUGUAAGUCGUCAUCUAUAGUUCUCACUACAGACUUCCUAGCUGAAAGUCUGCAUUGCUUUUAUGUAUAGCACAGUUGGAGAGGAAACUGACUUCUGCUUACAUUACAGUCAAGGUCUGGAGAUGUUACUGAUGGUUAGGGUGACUUUGAUGGAAUUCUGGUGAAUUUAGUCCAUGGUCCAACAUGCUACCCAUUGAAUCCCAGAUUAACCUUGGCAUCCAGACAUUUCGGUUUGACUAUUAAAACCAUCCAGAAAACAAUGGAGAUGCCUCAUCUGCCUCAGUGUGCCAGGCUGACCUCGCUGGGAUUAUUGGUGCACCAGCCCGUACAGGAAGACUCAUGACCAAGCAGUCACACAGCAUAACCACUGUGCACCAUGUUUCUAGAGUCAGUGUUUGUGCACGUGUGCUCUGGUCUUCCCUCUUGAAGUCUUUUCACCUGUCAACCUGCCAUCUGGGGUUUGGUUUGGUUUGGUUUGGUUUGAUAGUCUCUCCUGGAAUUCACUCUGUAGACCAGACUGCUCUCAUACUCAAAGAAAUCCACCUGCCUCUGCCUCCCAAGUGCUGAGAUUAAGGGGGUGCCCCACCAUCACCACCACAGCCAGCAACUGUUUUUUCUGAUGUUGGAAUUGAAUACAGGAAUGCUUUAGACAUGCUAAGUAAGCUCUGUACCUCUGAACUUUAUCCUCAGCUCAGUUUUCUUCCCUGGAUUGGUUAGAGACGUUGUACCGUUAAUGUAGCCAUUUGAAUAUAGGGUACCCCAUCUGGGUACCCUGUGUCACAUGGUUUUAUGAGCUUAUUUCAGAAUCUGGUGCAUGUUUCCUAUAACAGAGACUGCACACAGGCACUGUAGUUCACACCUGUAACCAUAGCACUUGCAAGACUGAAGCAGGAGGAUCAUUAUGAGUUUGCGACUAGCCUGAGCUACAGAUUAAGACCCUGAUUCAAAAAUGAAAAUAAUAGUAAUAAAGAGACAGCAAGUAGAAAGUUUUUAGCAGUGUUCCAGUAAUCCCUGCCAUCUCAACAGUGGGACUAAGUUUGAACCGUCUACCCUCACUGACUAGAAGAUAAGAGAUCAAAGUGUCACCUACUAAGCCAGGAGGUGGUGGCACACGCCUCUAAUCUCAGUGCUCAUAAGGCAGAGGCAGGUAGGUCUUGUAGCACCGGGGAAAUGUUAGUGAGCCCCAAAAAACAGACAGGAGCCAAUCUGAUGCAACUCAUAGCAGGGUCUUUAUUCUGUUUGAGAUAGCUCAGGCCCACCCCACCACCCACCACACACACACACACACACACACACACAACACCGUUGCAUAGGACCGUUUUUGGUGGUAGGGAAGCCCUGAGUGUCUAUCGGGUCAAGGCUUUAUAGUAAGCAGCAGGCAGGGAGUACGUGUGCAAGCAUCUCAUUGGAAAGCUACUGUGGCCUUUAACAUAAUUGCCUGGUGCUGCGAGUCAUAUCAUAAACUUCAUUUCUGCUUCUCUCUGCAUUGGUGGUCGUUAGGCAGGGAGUGGGCUUGUAACCUGGGGGUACAGGUUUGCUGGGGGAAAAACCUGAAGAUGCUGAUCUUGUUGGGGAUUAGCCUAGAGACUGGGCCAGGCUCACGUUUUGUUGGGAUGCAACUUGGAAACUAAUGCUAGGAACCAGCCUGUUAGUUUACCUGAGUUUAAACUUAGAUCAAGUUCUCUAAAAUGGAGUCUGAACUUAAAAGAUUUGGUCUCUCAAUCUCUAAGUUGAAGGCCAGCCUAGUCCACAUAUAACAAGUGCCAGGACAACCAGGACUACCUAGAAAGACCCUGUUUCAAAAACACAAAGAAAUUUAAGUGGAUGCCCAAGCUAGUGGUGUCAUAAAGAACCCGGCACAGAAGUGCUAAUGUUUUUAUUCUUAAUUUCCUGAAGUAGCAUCUAAAGCCCCAAAUUGAGCAGAUUAAGUUUUAGACCUUGGCAGAUCUUUAAACUGAAGUGUUUUCAGAUUCUCCUGGUGGAGAAAAGGUGAUGAUGUCAUCAUGUAUGUUUGCAACACUGCAACGGAAUCCACAUGGGAAGUGGGCUUUUUCUGUGGCCACUGAGGAGUUCUAUCAGUAUUGUAUGGAUCUGGGGUUACCAUUGGACUUCAGGCCCCACAGGGCAUGUGCCCACCAAAACCCAGAAACUACAAUCUUGAUCUACAUUUCUUAAUGCUUAGUAUGACUUUUGUGCAAUUAUAUAAGUUCUGUUUGGACAAAAGGCUGUUACUUUUUAAUGAAAGCAAACCAUUCAAUGAAAAUGGAUACCUCAUUCCCAAAUAAGAGGAAUGCAUUUGUUACUGUCAUUUUUAAAAUAUACUAUAAAACAAUA